UGCACGUCGCCUCGAUAUAGACAUUAACUAAUCCAAAAUUUAUGCACGUUCGGCAGCUACGGUAAUAGCUCACGCCAAGGAAAAUUACUUUCGCGCGAUAUUCGCUCUUCGAGAUCUUUCCCUUUGUUCGCUUAGGUGCGAAACAUGCGUGUCUGCGACUUUUUCCGUAUGCAAAUCGCCGUCGCAGCGUUGAUUCGCUCAUUUUCUUUCUGCCGCUGCCUCUCGGAAAUGUCUUAUACCUGAGAGAACAAAGGGCGAGCGAUGACUUCGACAAACGUCAAUAACGCGUCGCAGCGAAAAAUUAUAGUUCGAGGCAAGAGACAUAUACAUGGAGUCUCAAAUGAACAUGCCGCGAUGGAAAUGGAUUUCUUCAAUAGUCGGUAUUUCAUUAUCAAUAAGAGUUUGUUGAGAUGUAUGGGGCUCUGGCCUUAUCAGCAUGCGCUGGCAAAGCUCGUCAUCCGAGUUGUUUAUAGUGCGAUUAUGGUUAUUUUUGUGAUUCCGCACUUCAUUUGCACGUUUGUAACAAAAAAUGAUCCUGAUAAAGUAAUUCAAGCUAUUGGAACUAUAUUUUAUUUCAUUACAGUAUCUAUGAAAUAUUUUAUAUACAUGCUUACAGAAAAAAAGAUAAAAAUUCUUUAUGUUAACAUAGUAGAAAAUUGGAAACUAUUGGAGAAUAAAACUGAGCGAAAUAUUCUGUUGAGAUUUUCCGAAACUGGACGGCUGUUAACUAUAGGUUACGUCUCUUACAUGGUUUCAGCUCUGAUUAUUUUUAUCACUAUGCCAGCACUUCCACUGGUGUUGGAUAUAAUUUCACCUCUGGCUAACGAAUCUCGACGAAAAAUUUUUAUACUAGAUGGAGAUUAUUUGGUUGAUAAAUUAGAAUAUUAUGGAACUAUUUAUAUAUUUGAAGGCCUUACCUGUAUCUUGACAGUUUUCAUAUUCAUCACUAUUGAUGCAGCUUACGCAGUGACUGUUGAACAGUGUAUCGGAUUGAUAGCAGUGGUCAAGUUUCGUUUAGAAGUGGCUACAAAGUAUGCGAAGCAAACCAAGACGCUUAAUUGUGAAACGAAGGACAUGGCAUAUGAAGCAUUAACGAAAGCCGCUAAAUUACAUAUAAAUGUUUAUCAUUUCGGACGAGUACUCGAAUCGUCAUAUUCUAAUGCUUUUUUCGUAGUGAUCGCAUUUAAUAUACUUUUAAUAAGUGCUGGCUCAGUCGUGAUAUUAAUAUAUUUGAAUCGUCCAUACGAGCUUUCGAGGUACAUUUUAAUUUACAUAGGACUAAUGAUUCACAUGUUUUACUUAAGCUGGCCAGGGCAAAAGUUAAUCGAUAGCAGUAUCGCUAUUUUCCAUGAUGCAUUCUAUACUGAGUGGUACGACUGCUCUAUCAAAUGUCAGAUGCUUCUUAAAUUUAUGAUGCUGCGGAGCAUUCGACCUCUCGAAUUAACAGGUGGAGGAUUUUACACGAUGAACUUGGAAAAUUACGGAUCACUCACAAAAACAUCGCUAUCAUAUAUGGCAGUAUUUUCAUCAUUUAACAAAGGCCGAGCGAUGACUUUGACAAACGUGAAUAACGCGCCGCAGGAGAAAAUCAUAUCUCGAAGUACGGAGUAUUUGUGUGGAGCCACGAAUGGAUGUGCCGCGAUGGAGAUGGAUUUCUUCGACAGCCGGUAUUUCAUUAUCAACAAGAAUUUAUUGAGAUUUAUGGGACUCUGGCCCUAUCAGCAUGCCUCGACAAAGAUCACUAUUCGAGUCGUGUUUAGUGUGUUUAUCGUCAUUUAUGUGAUUCCGCAAUUCAUUUGCGUGUUUGCAGCGAGAAAUGAUCCUGACCGGGUAAUUCAAGCUAUUGCAACGUUAUUUUAUCUCUUUGGAACAUCUUUGAAAUAUUUUUUAUACAUCAUCACAGAAGAAAAGAUAAAAUUUCUUUAUGUCAACAUUGUCGAAAACUGGAAAAUGUUAGAGAAUAAAACUGAGCGAAAUAUUCUGUUGAGAUUUUCCGAAACUGGACGGUUACUAACUGUUGGUUACGUUUCUUACAUGUUUUCUGCUUUGAUUGUUUUUAUCACUUUGCCAGCAUUCUCGCCAGUGUUAGACAUAAUUUUGCCUCUAGCAAACGGAUCGCGACCGAAAAUUUUUAUACUGGAUGGAGACUUUUUAGUUGACAAAUUAGAAUACUACAGAGCUAUUUAUAUAUUUGAAGGUUUCACUUGCAUGUUGACUGUUUUCAUUUUCUGCACUAUUGACUCGACUUACGCAGUCACUGUUGAACAGUGCAUAGGAUUGCUAGCGAUAGUCAAGUUGCGUUUAAAAUUAGCAACAGAGCGCGCACAUAAAAGCGAGCCCGUUGACCGUGAAAGAAAAGAUAUGACAUACGAAGCAUUGACUAAAGCUGCUAAUUUACAUAGACACGUUUUGCAUUUUGCGCGAGUUCUCGAAUCGUCUUAUUCUGCAGCUUUUCUAGUGGUGAUGGCAUUCAAUGUGGGCAUACUCAGUGCCGGUUCAGUUGUGAUAUUGAUAUAUAUGGAUCGCCCAAUGGAGCUGAUGAGAUACAUUUUAAUUUACAUUGGUUUAAUGAUCCACAUGUUCUACUUGAGUUGGCCAGGACAAAAACUAAUAGACAGCAGUGGUGGUAUCUUUCAUGACGCAUUCGAUACGGAAUGGUACGACUGUUCCAUCAAAUGUCAGAAACUUCUGAAGUUUAUGAUGCUGCGCAGCAUUGAGCCUCUUCAAUUAACGUGUGGGGGAUUUUAUACUAUGAAUUUGGAAAAUUAUGGAGCGCUUACAAAAUCGUCGUUGUCAUACAUAGCAGUUUUUUCAUCUUUUAGAUGAAUUGUAAAAGAGGAUCUGCAAUGUAUUUUGUUCAGUUUAUU